GAACAGUGUCAACAGAAAAGUCGGGGGCCGUGAAUGACGCGUGGUGUGCUCGAUUCAUUUGGGCUAUAUUUUGAAACUUUCGAAUAAAACCUAUCCACUUUAUCGGCUUUUUACACGUAUUUUCUCGGAAAUCGCUCGCGAUCACAGCGAAAUACGUGAAUCAAUCCGUCUAUUAUGUCACAAACAGAAAGCAGCAUGGAGCAGCAGCGGGAAGAGCCGAGCCAACUCGACCCGGCCGGUCCGGCAGAGGAUGAUACAUCAGAAAAUGGACCCGAUGAAGCAUCGGACACCGCAAUGGAUAGUGAAGCUCAGUCAUCUUCACCUCCCUCGGAGAAGGAAAAGGAGGACCAACCGGGUGGAUAUGAAGAAAAAGUGAAAACAGACCGGACCAACAGAUUUGAGUACCUCCUGAAGCAGACCGAAGUGUUUGCUCAUUUCAUCCAACCAGCUGCCCAGAAGACCCCAACCUCACCUCUGAAGAUGAAGCCAGGACGCCCUCGCAUUAAAAAAGACGAGAAGCAGAACCUUCUUUCGGCCGGAGAUAACCGUCACCGUCGCACUGAGCAGGAGGAAGAUGAGGAGCUGCUCAGUGAGAGCAGCAAAACCACCAGUGUAUGCACGCGUUUUGACGAGUCGCCUUCCUAUGUCAAAAAUGGCAAAAUGAGAGACUACCAGGUCCGUGGAUUGAACUGGCUCAUUUCACUCUAUGAGAAUGGAAUCAAUGGAAUCCUUGCUGAUGAAAUGGGUCUUGGUAAAACUCUUCAGACCAUCUCUCUUCUGGGCUACAUGAAGCACUAUAGAAACAUUCCUGGACCUCACAUGGUUCUGGUGCCCAAGUCCACGCUCUAUAACUGGAUGAAUGAGUUCAAGCGCUGGGUGCCCUCUUUACGAGCAGUCUGCCUCAUAGGUGACAGGGAUCAAAGGACCGCAUUUAUCCGUGACACACUGCUGCCAGGCGAAUGGGACGUGUGCGUUACCUCCUAUGAGAUGCUAAUUAUCGAGAGGGCCGUCUUCAAGAAGUUCAACUGGAGAUAUCUGGUCAUUGAUGAGGCCCACCGUAUCAAGAAUGAGAAAUCAAAGCUUUCAGAGAUUGUGCGAGAGUUCAAGACGACGAAUCGUUUACUACUGACUGGAACGCCACUGCAGAACAACCUUCAUGAGCUGUGGGCGCUGCUCAAUUUCCUGCUGCCAGAUGUCUUUAACUCCUCAGAGGAUUUCGAUUCCUGGUUCGACACCAAUAACUGUCUGGGAGACACAAAGUUGGUGGAACGUCUUCAUACUGUACUGCGUCCAUUCCUGCUGAGACGUAUAAAAGCUGAUGUGGAGAAAUCUCUCCUCCCCAAAAAGGAAAUCAAGAUGUAUAUUGGGCUCAGCAAGAUGCAGAGAGAAUGGUACACGAAGAUUUUGAUGAAGGAUAUUGACAUUCUGAACUCGGCUGGUAAGAUGGACAAAAUGCGCCUGCUGAAUGUGCUGAUGCAGCUGAGGAAAUGCUGUAACCACCCAUAUCUGUUUGAUGGAGCGGAGCCUGGCCCGCCCUACACCACUGACCUCCACUUGGUGGUCAACAGCGGCAAGAUGGUGGUCCUGGACAAGCUGCUGCCCAAGCUGAAAGAGCAGGGCUCCCGUGUCUUGAUCUUCAGUCAGAUGACCAGGGUGCUGGACAUUCUGGAGGAUUACUGUAUGUGGCGUAACUACGGUUACUGUCGUCUGGAUGGACAGACGCCGCAUGAGGAGCGACAGGUCUCUAUCAAUGCCUUCAAUGAGCCCAACAGCUCCAAGUUUCUAUUCAUGUUGAGCACCAGAGCUGGCGGACUCGGUAUUAACCUGGCCACCGCUGAUGUCGUCAUCAUCUACGACUCUGACUGGAAUCCUCAAGUGGAUCUUCAAGCGAUGGAUCGUGCUCACAGGAUCGGUCAAAAGAAACAGGUGCGCGUGUUUCGGUUCAUCACAGAAAAUACAGUGGAGGAAAGAAUUGUGGAACGUGCCGAAAUGAAGCUUCGCUUGGACUCUAUUGUCAUUCAACAAGGCAGACUGGUAGAUCCAAACAUGAACAAACUGGGCAAAGACGAAAUGCUGUCUAUCAUUCGCCACGGUGCCACUCACGUCUUUGCCUCAAAGGAGAGCGAGAUCACUGAUGAAGACAUUGACGCCAUCUUAGAGAGGGGAGAAAAGAAGACCAUGGAGAUGAAGGAGAAGCUGGCCAAUCUUGGAGAAGGCUCUCUGAGGAACUUCACCAUGGACACGGAGAACAGUGUGUACAACUUUGAGGGUGAAGAUUACAGAGAAAAGAAAAAGGUCGUCACUAACUGGAUUGAACCACCCAAGAGAGAGCGCAAGGCAAACUAUGCUGUAGACGCAUAUUUCAGAGAGGCCUUGCGCGUCAGCGAGCCCAAAGCACCAAAGGCUCCUCGUCCUCCUAAACAACCUAAUGUUCAAGACUUCCAGUUCUUUCCUCCUCGGCUCUUUGAGCUGCUAGAGAAGGAGAUCUUGUAUUACAGGAAGACUAUUGGCUACAAGGUGCCAAGGAGCCCUGAUCUGCCCAAUUCGGCCCAAGCGCAGAAAGAGGAACAGGCCAAGAUUGAUGAAGCAGAACCACUUAAUGAAGAGGAGCUAGAGGAGAAGGAAAACCUCCUCUCACAGGGCUUCACUAUCUGGACCAAACGUGACUUCAACCAGUUCAUCAAGGCAAAUGAGAAGUGGGGUAGAGAUGACAUCGAGAACAUUGCUCGUGAGGUCGAGGGCAAAACCCCAGAGGAGGUCAUGGAAUAUUCCGCUGUGUUCUGGGAGCGCUGCAAUGAACUGCAGGACAUUGAGAAGAUCAUGGCUCAGAUCGAGAGAGGAGAAGCCAGAAUCCAGAGGAGGAUCAGCAUCAAGAAAGCACUUGACUCCAAAAUUGGCCGUUAUAAGGCACCAUUUCAUCAGCUCAGGAUCUCCUACGGUACCAACAAGGGGAAGAACUACACGGAGGAGGAGGAUCGAUUUCUCAUCUGCAUGCUGCACAAACUGGGCUUUGACAAGGAGAGCGUAUAUGAUGAGCUGCGCCAGUGCAUACGCAACUCUCCCCAGUUCCGAUUUGAUUGGUUCCUCAAGUCCCGCACUGCCAUGGAGCUUCAGAGAAGGUGUAACACACUCAUCACGCUCAUUGAACGUGAGAACAUGGAGCUAGAAGAGAGAGAGAAAGCAGAGAAGAAAAAGAGGGGUCCUCGCACAUCUUCGGCCCAGAAACGCAAACAGGAAGGGACCCCUGAUGGACGUGGACGCCGGAAAAAGCUCAAAUUGUGAGCCGAUGUCAAACCUCACUUGUCGAGGACCUUCAGUACAGCAAUACUUGCAUUUGUUGUUACGGGUCCCACUCAUGUACUGUAUCAUUUUUGCAGUGCUGAACCUCACCUCCACGUAGCUUGACCGUUUUUAUAGAAAGGCAUAGUUGUAAAUUAGAACUUUUUUUUUUUUUUUUUUCUAAAUGUACGACCGUGCUGUCAAAGUUUUAUUUAUACCUAUUUGUUUUUUUUAUCCACAUUCCAUUUGCUCGCAACAGUAUAAUUUGCAGUCUUUUCCCUCAUUUUUAGAGUCUUCAGUGUUGUCGAUGUACCUUUAUUAUAAUAGUCAAUUGGAACAUGUGACUAAUAAAUGUUAAGUUUUUUUAAAACACUGCUCCGUAUUUUUUCCUUCCAAAUAAAUGUUAUUCUUGUAGUGCCUUUUAUCUCGGUGUAGUAUUGCUGCAGACACUGGCUCAGAUUUAAAAGAAAUAUUAAGAACUUUGCAAAGAUGAUAUUAAAGGGAUAGUUCACCCAAAAAUCUAAAUUCUCAUCAUUUGCUCACCCUCAUGCCAUCCCAGAUGUGUAUGACUUUCUUCUGCUGAACAAGAUUUUUAGAAGAAUAUUUCAGCUCUGUAGGUCAAUACAAUGCAAGUGAAUGGUGAUCAGACCUUUUGUAGCUCCAAAAAAAUCACAAAAAGGACAAAAAGUAAUCUAUAAGACUCCAGUGUAUAAAUCCAUGUCUUCAGAAGCAAUAUGAUAGGUGUGGGUGAGAAAUAGAGCAAUAUUUAAGUCCUUUUUUACUCUAAAUCUCCAUUUUCACGUUUACAUCUGAAAGUCACAUGUGGUGCCUGUUUCACUUUCACAUCUGAGAGUUAAAGUGGAGAUUUAGAGUAAAAAAGGACUUAAAUAUUGAUCUGUUUCUCACCCACACUUAUAUCACUUCUGAAGGCAUGGAUUUUACCACUGGAGUCUUAUGGAUUACUUUCAUGUUUCCUUUGUUUUUUGGGGGGGGGGAUUGUAUGGACCUACAGAGCUGAAAUAUUCUUCUAAAAAUUUUCAUUUGUGUUCAGCAGAAGAAACAAAAGUCAUACACAUGUGGGAUGGCAUGAGGGCGAGUAUAUAAGAUAAUUUUAAUUUUUUGGUAAACUAUCAUUUUAAUGUUGUAAUGUGUGCUGUUUGGUUGGAGAAUAAAAAAAAACAGUGGAUUAUGACUGCAAAGGUGAAAUAAAGUUUUGAUCUCACUAGUGAGAGUGAAAGGCUAUAGUGACAAGAAUGAGCACAUAAACUCGGAUUAUUCUACUGCCACAACACGUUCUUUAAAUGUGUAAAAUAAUGUACCACCAUUUUAGGAUGAGACUCAUGAAGGGUAAUCUUUUACUUCAAAAUCAAUGGGAAAACAAAUUAUGUAAGGCAUAAAGGAUAUGCUAUUACUUUUUUUUUAAAAGAACCAUUACAACAAUUAAUACAAUUUUGUUAUAAUAAAAGAUUGUUAUUAAUGUAAUGGAAGUUUAGUUGUGGCGUUCUCCUUGCAGUGCAGAUGUUGUGUAGUAGGCCUGUCAUUUCCACCAUUGUCUCAUUCUGAGUAAAUUCUAAAGACUGUUUUGUGUGAAAAUCCCAGGAGAUCAGCAGUUACAGAAAUACUCAAACCAGCCUGUCUGGCACCAACAAUCAUGCCACGGUCCAAAUCAGGAAUGUUCCCUGAGUGUUGAGGAAAAAAUAAAAUUGGCACUUCAUGUUAAAAAGGUUGCCAACCCCUGGGCCAGAGUGAACAAAUGAAUGUUCGAUACAAACAUGCUUGUCAAUGUAUUUACUACAUUUUAUCAAUGAUUAUUCUUGAAACAUGAGCAGAAUGCAUUUUUGUGUAAAUCAGUAGUAAUUUUAUGUAACUUGUCCCAUUGAAUUCAGUAGGAAUAUUUACGUUAGAAUGGAUUAAUUUGUCAAUGCCAAUGUGUCAUUCAGUUAUGGCAGAUGUAUAGUAUCAUAAUUAAUAAAUACUUUCAUUAA